CCAAAGGACUUCAUUGAAUAGCUGUGACAGGUCAAGUAUUCUGCUUUCAUAAACAAGAGGUACAAAGCUGACAGCAGUAGCACCCACCGCUAAAAAAGAAUAGAACCAAGCUGAGAAUCAGACUGCUUUGCUUUGACGCACAGCAAAUCAGAGAAAACCACUUUUCUUGACCAUUUGGUUUAAGCUCCAGAAAUUUUCUUUUCUUGUACCUGAAACUGAAAAAAAAGCUGAGAGAAUGCGGGGAGAGACGGAGGCAGUAAAUAUUCUGGUGUCUCUGACACUGAUCUGCGCUUUCGUUUUUGUCUACUCUGAUAUUGAUGUCGAUGUUCUAAAUGAGAUACUUCAUGAGAUUCUAAGUUGGUGUGCUCGCGUUAGUGUUGCAAUUGUGCUUCUGAUGGUUUUUAUCCAGUCACGGAUGGAUGUUUUUCGUGAGUUAAGCCGUGAAUUAGGUGAUGGAAUUGUUCAGAAUUUAGGCAACAGUGGAUUAUUGGGCCCAAGGAGACACCAUGCUUCUUGUCAUUGUCAUACCAUAAGGGAAGGAACUAGUGGUUUCAUGGUUCAAAAACUGAAACAUGAUUUGAUAAAAAAAAUCUAUGAUGGGGUGUACCAAGUCAAUGUAGAGAACAUAGGCAAUGUCAUCUAUAGUGUUGCACCACGAGUUGAUUCAUUAAGUAGAGAAUCGUACAAUUUGGCAGUUGCAUGCUCUAAUGAGUUUGUGUUGAAGAAUAUUUUUUGUUUCAAUCCAAACUGUAACCAAGUUUGCUAUGUAAUGGAGCACUACGAACAAAAUUUCAAACAAUGGUUGCAAGAGAAUUCUCUCUCUGAUCAACAAGGCAAAAAUCUGAAUCCAGAAUUUCUUCAAAUUCUUAGGGAUGUUUUAAGGGGCAUUGGUUAUCUCCAUCGUGUGAAAAAUAGAUGUCAUGGCAAGUUAAGUGAGACAAAUAUUGUGGUCGUGAAUGGUCGGGCCAAGAUUACAGGAAUGGUCGGACCAAGAUUACAGGAUGAUUAUUCAGAUUAUAAGCACUUGGCGACCAUUGUUCGAAAAUCCUUCGAAACCGAGCAACAUGACAUUCCAACAGAACUUAAAUUGUUUCUUACCUACAUCUCAAAGACAGAACCCAGCCGGUUGCUCAAUAUUGAAAAUCAUCCAAUUUUUCUAUCCCCUUUACAAAGAUUGAGCUACAGGGUGAUUGCUCAUACUUUCUUGUAUUUUGGAAAGUCGAAAAGGUCCUUUGCGUUGGCACUAAAUGAAAAGCUUGGUAAAUGUGAAUGGAAGCUCAAUGUCAGAACUACUGGUACAUUUGUUAUGGUGCUUGAUCGUUAUAAUUACCUGGGAAAUUUGUCAGAAAAACAAAGGAAGAAAAUCGUUGAAUAUAAAGAUUCCGCCAUAUCUUUUAUGCGGUUUUGCAGAAAUGUUGUGGCGCACCUCAAGGACAAUAAUGUUAAACGAGAUCCAGGGCAGCGUAAGAAAUUGACUGUGAAGGAAGUCGAGGAAGAGCUUAAUGGAUACUGGCCUGAGUUCAUGCCCAUUUUACAUGAAAUCCUUCUUGAACAUGGCCAUCUUAUGGUUGUACACGAUGCGGUUCUCAAGUGAAACCAUUAGGCUGUUUCUCACAAAUGGAUAUGGUACAGAUAGUAGUAAAUUUGCAAGUGAUCAGUGUUGCUCUUCGAUUUUCUGCUGGCUCGUAAGGGACUGUGUACAGCAACAACUUUUGAACCUAUAUAGAAGUGCUUUCAAGGGCUUUUCUUUUGGAUAUAGACUGUAUAUAAGUGAACUUUUAACACUAGAUGGAUUUGAUAAGGAUCAGCCACUUCCUCUUCCCAUGACAUAUUCAACAAAAUGCUUGUGACAUAUAUAUAUUUUGAGAGGAAAAAGGCUUGUGAUAUGAUAUUGCAGAUUUGCAGUAGAGUUAAGGCAUAUAGCUGUAGUG